AUGGCUCGUGCUUCUGCGCUCUCCAAGGCUCUUGUGGCUGCCGGUGCUCUCAUGGCCCUGCGCCUUUUGUCCGGUGAGACCUUUGUGACACCUAAGCAACGAAACGAAGCAGCAGCGGCAAUGGCAGCUGCCAUGGAUGCCUACAGCCAGAACGACAACCCGAUCAAUCCGUACUCCCAGUUCAGCGAUGGCAGCGACACAGUCUACCAGGCCAAGAACCAGCCUGAGAUGGAGAGGAGGACCAAGUCAUUGAAGGCAGGGCUGAAGCGUUUCGAGGACACUCCGGGGUACAUCCAGACCAAGCAGGCCCAGGCACUCAAGUCCAACCUCCAGGAAUCCAAUUCCUUGAGGCAGGACCUCCUGUACUUCUCUGGCGCAGAGGGUAGCCCAGCUUGGGAGAAAGCCCGCCAGUUUGUGCAGAAGGUUGGUACAAUGGGCGUUGAUGGCAACAGCAAGCAGUGGAAGCGAGCGGCCGAGGACUACAAGGAGGCCUCCAACAUCCUGGCUGAGUGGAAGAGCCUCUCCAGCUUCAAUUGA